AUGGCGAACUCCACGAGCUCGGCUGCUUCUUCCGGUGACGCUGUUUUCAGCAACUGGAGAUCUCCGAUACCAUACCUCUUCGGCGGCAUAGCACUCAUGUUGGGACUCGUCGCAGUUGCAUUGCUGCUUCUGGUUUGCUCUUAUCGUAAAACCUCAACAAGUUCGGGUGGUGAAGAUGGAAAACCAACGUCACGGGGAAUGGAUGACAUAGAGGGUGCAGAGUCGGAGCCCAAGAUUCUUGUGAUAAUGGCCGGAGAGAAAACGCCGACAUACUUGGCAAACCCCAUCUCUUCCUCUACUAGUUUACCAAGCUGA